ACAUGUUUCGGUGACUCGGUGUUGUCAAAUCGCACUAUCGCAGUGAGAAAGCAUUGCUUGGGAAACUGCGUUUGUUUUGUGUAUUAAAGUUUCAAUCACUCAAUCUAUAAUGUCAUAUCAACUGUACAGAAAUACCACAAUUGGAAACACAUUACAAGAGAGCCUUGACGAACUAAUCCAGUAUGGGCAGAUUACACCAGCUCUAGCAGUGAGAGUGCUAUUGCAAUUUGACAAAUCAAUAAAUCAAGCUUUAUCCAACAGGGUGAAAUCUAGGUUAUCCUUCAAAGCCGGAAAGUUGAAUACAUACAGGUUUUGUGACAAUGUGUGGACCUUUAUGUUGAAUGAUGUGGAGUUCCGAGAAGUGCAAGAAGUGGCUAAAGUGGACAAAAUCAAAAUUGUAGCUUGUGAUGGCAAAAAUGUUGAGGAGAGAAAAUAAUAUUAAGCGCUGAUAAAAUGUCUUAUUACUGUCAACUAUUUUUAUAAGACUUACUAUCAAUGUUUCAGUUAUAGUUGUGUUCUAUGAAUAUAAACUUUCUAAGCACCAG